ACAACAAACACAAAGAUGUCCCGGGGAAUCGCGCGUCCCGGUCGGUGAGAUGCCGGUAACGGCGCAGAGAGGAUGCGGUGGCGGCGGCGGUGGCGAUGGGGGCGCGUGCUGCUGGCGCGUGUUGCUGCUCGCUGCAUCCGCGCUCGUGAUGCUGGUGGAGAGAGCGGCGCUGCUGUACUGUGUUGGGUUCUACCUAUGGGAGAAUGAGCUGUGGUUGGCUGGACUGACCUUUGCCCUCUUGUUGCCGGGGUCAUUGGUGCAGGUGUUGAGUUUCAGGUGGUACAAGGCAGACGGAGACAAACGCAUAUGCCACAAUUUCAUCUUACACAUACUUCACCUGGGCAUCUUCAAACGGUUGUGGGACUGCAGUGUGUGUGAGUGGACAGCUCAGGGCUCGUCGCAUGCGCAGGAGGUGAUGCAGCAUGCAGAUGCGUCUGCUCUGCGUCUUUUGGAGGUCUUAUUGAUGACAAUACCACAAACGUUUCUGCAGACGUAUGUGCUCACCGUUACCGGCUAUGGCCUCUCCUCUCCAGUCGCUCUGUGUGGUGGUGUGUGUUUGCUUUCGCUGUCCUGGGCGCUGAUGCUCUACAGCCGGGCGUGCGGUCUCAUUCGUCCAGGGCAUUUGCAGAUGCCACCGGCGGCUCUGCUGUGCCAGCUACUGUGGAGAACGAGCAUGUUGGCUGCCCGCUUUACCAGCCUCACCCUCUUCACCCGCACCUUCGGCUGUUGGGUCAUCGGGGUCGUGGCAUCUCAUUGGUUGAUCGCAGCGCUCUGGUUGGUCUCCCUGCAGACUGACAUAUAUGUGGGCCAGUGGUCGUGGCGUGUUUUUAACUUCAUUCUGGGAGGCGUGCACGUGUUCCUGUUUCUCAAUGUAAAGGACGGCCCCUCUCGAUUCCGAAUGGCAGGAUUCUAUACGGUGAUGUUUUUGGAAAAUGCUACACUGCUAUUGGCUGCUUCUGACCUCCUGACUGAUGCAUCGUGGGAUAGCCUGACUGUCCCCACUGUUGUUCUGUGUAGCUUUCUUCUCGGUCUGACCUCGCUGAUAUUGUACUAUCGUUUCCUGCAUCCCAAAUCCACUGAAAUCUCUCAGGGUCUGGGCCAGCAAGCGCACAUCGGCCGUGAGAUUCUUCAGCCGUUUGAUUCAUCCAUCUCUCUGGGAGACAAAAGUCUUCCACCCGCCCCUCUCCCUGUCUACUUCCCACCCUCUCACCCUUCUUUGUCUCUUUCUGGAAUUCCCAGUUCUCUGCUGGAGCAUCCUGGAAGCUGCGGUGUAAAACCGGAUAGUGGGUGCCAACACCAUCACUGGCUCCUGAUCCGUCUUGCCCUGAAAACCGGUGACCUUUCGAAAAUCAACAGGGCAUACGGAGCGGGGGGCAUGUCCAGAAUACUGGUGGUGGAUCGAAAAGGAGAGGAUGGGUGUGUGUCCACUUCCGAAAGCAGGGACAAUACGAUGGCACCGCUGUCCGACUCCAGAGAGGAGUUUGAGAGCAUGAGUGAAGCCAGGGACGAAGAGGAGGAGGAUCAAGAUGAGAGUCUAGAAAUGGAGAGUCCUUUGGAGUCGCUGGCUUCGGAGUGCAAGAGGAGCUCUCCGGAGGGUAAGUCUGUGUUCGAGGACAGUCCUGAACUGAAUUACUGCCCUACCGAAUCCAGCUCGACCUUAUACUUCAGUGCCGACCCACAAUCGCCCAGCAGCUCCAGUAACCCACGGCUGGAUCACAAGAUGCCCUUCAGUUUCGGUUCUGGUACUGGUCUAGAUAAUCUAGACGUGCUGAGCCCCAUUUCCACUGAUGGUGGGCUGCACAGGGAUCUUGUUAGGGGGCUUCUUGGCCGAGCUGGACCAUGCUACACCUCCACACCCGGACUGAAUGGACAAGGGCUUCCAGAGAGUUCUGUAACCCACAUCAGAGGCCCACGCAGGCAGGUCGUUCUCUCACGCAGAGGUCUGGAAGAGGACGCAGGAUUUUAACCAAAUUAACUUAAGCUUUAAUUUAUAAAAUGCAAGCAGAUGCAGCUUAAAAACUUGAACCUGGAUAUUUAAAGCAUAAGUGUGUAAUUUCUGUGCCACUAGUGCCAUCAAACAGAAUUGCAAAAAUAAACUCUAUUUUUAAACAGUUUUAGCAAUACACCCCAGGUCUGCUGUUGGUCGAACAAAUAGAUAGUCCUGUCCCAAACUCAACGCCAUUGGUUAAGUCAUUGUUGUUGUGUCGGGCAGGACGGGCCGCUCAAAAUAAACAGAGCAAUUUUUGUAGCGCCACAGAGAUACAGGGCCCUAUAUUAAGAGUCAGUGGGCAUGGCCAUUAAGAUUUGGUAUUUUAGUCCAAGCAUGUGGUAAGUCUAGGCGUAAUUGGGUUUGGUGAAAUUGUGCACGCAAAGCGCUAAUGGGCUGGGUCAAGUGCAAUUUAAUUCUGAGGUUCUUCUCCGGUUAUUGCACCGUCUGCGUCCUAUUAUGUAGUCCAUUCCCUGUCAAGCACUAGCAAAAUAAACAAAGACGACAUUCAUAAAAUGUUGGUAGUGUGAAUUGACUAUGCAAUUAAUUAAAAGAAAUAUGCACUUUCGUUAUUUUGUGCUUUAACUGUGUCCUUUGCAUAUUUCUAUGACAGUGACACGCCCCUUUUAUAUGCACCGAAAAUGUUGUUCAGGAUUUGGGUGUAGGCUCCUUUAAAAUUAUAGAUACCGUAAUGUAAGUAUUGUUAAUCAUAUUGAUCAAGUGACACACAAAUAAUGGCUAGUGUUAACAGUGAUUGUAUCAGCCUUCCAGGUUAGAUUGUGGAUCAAGGGAUUGUUUUUUUCAUGCACUUCGCUUCUACCAGUCGAUUUUGCUUAAAAAAAGAAAUAAAUUUUUUGAAACAUGAAAAACUUAAACCGAAAAUAUUUCUAAAUUCAAAUUACAUUUCAAACUAAAUUAAAAUAUAAUAAAAAUGACCUCCCCGAUUCCAAACUGUCAGAGAAUGCAGAGGUAGGACCCAAAAGCAAACUUUUAAAAAACAAAGGAUUUAUUAAUAUAACCAAAAGGGGAAAAAACAAACCAAAACUCUCACAGGGUGGAAAAACAAUCAUAAACUACCCCGUAGGGGAAUAAUACAAUGCUCUCACAAGACAACAAAACACCUGAAUGGCAUGAGCGCACAUUGGCAAGACAAUAAGGCAAUAAACGUCCAUGCCAACCGACAAAUAAGAUGAGAGAAUGCGUAGCAACUGCAAACAAAGAGAUGCCACGCAUUCUCACACUAAACAAAACCUGAGCAUACAUGCAUGCAACAGGUGACAAAAACAAGACAGGACACCUGUGUGAGAGUUCAGCCACAAACACACGCCCGACACCUUAGACCGAAGUGACCAAACCUCAACACAACAUGAAGACAACUCGCCACCCGAGCGCGCAACGCGAACGUGGCGCAAGGCGCAUCCGCGCUCACGAGAGCCAGACAAAUAAUUGACGCAAGUGCAUGCUGCAAAGAUGACAUAAGCCACGUCAAUAAUAGACAGAUGUAGAGCACGAGUGUCCAGAUCCCGACACAGGCCAAAAACGAUCCAGACAGGAAGUCAGGAUCCAGACACCGAGCUCCAGACAUGAAACAAGACCGACCGAAGAGUGCAAGGCAGGGAAUACAACCGAAACCGCACGCUCACACAAAGACAGACAAUGAAACACAAGACAGACACGGGACAAUGAUGUCACGGUCCUGUCAGACAAAAAACCCAGCGACAGGACCGUAACACAAACUUUUUACCCUCUCCAACUUCUUUCGGAGUUUGGACAUGUACUUUAUUACCACCUGCUGGUGGAAUCUCCAAACUGCUGAUGCAGCGACUGAGUUUAGACUUUGUUGUACUUUGAAAACAGACAUGGUUCUGAAAUGUCUUAGCGCAGUGACCUAUUCUCAGGAAAAUAGCAAAUUGUGCUUUGCGGCAUUUUAUACUGUAAACAUACAAUACACCCACAGUUUGCGCACAUACACCCACAGAUAGCACAAACACGCAAUUACACACUGCUGCUUCAAGACAUUCGAAAAAUAUAGAUAUUUUAGGGAUGCCAACUUUUCUCCAUACAAAUUUGGUAUUUUGAGGACUUCAAUGUGGGACGUUCUAUCUGAUCAGGAUGGGGGGUCAAUAUGGGAUGUUUCACCGACUGACCAGGGAGGGUCCCCCCUUCCAGUCUGAGUCGCCUAUUGUCCCUUCUUCAAUUGGUGACUUAUACUGGAUAUAUUCAUUUCUGCCAAAACACGGGAAGUCCUGGCUAAUACAGGACAGUUGCCGACCCUAAUUUCAUUGCGCUUUUUAUCUGUUUUAUCUGUCUCUCUCACUGUCGUUCUUUGCUUAUGUUCGGAAUGGAAUACUACUGUGCCGCCUACUGCAUGAUAUAUACUGAAUAAGUAAUAAUAUUUGAUAAAAUAGUAUGUGAAAGAGUACAGCAUAUGUAGCGCUACAGUCAGGGCUGGACUGGAAAGAGAAAUUAGUGGCGGGGGGGGGUUGUGUUCGCUGUCCUUUUCUGCAUAUCGCGGUGCCACUUUGUGGCUUGUUCGGCACGUUUCGCAGCUGAACCACCGGCCCGCUAGGUUCUUCCGAUGGCCAUUACGACCCUGAUCGGCCCAAAAGUGUGUCAGCCCACCGGGAAACUGCCCGGUACACCAGAUUACCAGUCCAGCCUCAAAAUGACCUCAUUUCAAGCAUGUUUAUUUCAAUUAAUCUCAUAAAUAAAUACACUUAUUUUGCUUAAUCCAGUUUUGUGUAAAAAAAUAAAUGUAGAAGGAGAUUAAAAAUAAAAGCUUGCAUUGUUUACGGUUCAUUCAUCAUACUGGAAAAGGAAGGUCAAAUAGAGUACAUUUAAUUUUUGGUUUUCGCUAUAGUAUUCCACGGCAUCUGCUCUUGUUGUAAUCUGUAGGUCAUCUGGUUAUUCCAUGCAUAAAGAAAUGUAACAUUUUGUACAUUAUAAAUUGGAACGUGUAGUAUGGAUGUAUGCCAUUCCGAACAUACCCCAUUAAAAUAAAAAUAUUAAAAAAAUCUAUUUGCUGUUGGUUGGAGCUAAAAGCACAAGGUUCUUCUCAUAUCUGUAUUCUGCUCAUCUUAUAUUCUCUCAGAACUUCAAUUUCAUGAAGGGCUAUGAUCUGGGUUAUCAUUCUUUGGCAUUUAGUGUCUGAUACAGACAGAGAUAAAUCUCAUUUUAGAACAUGAUCAGCAUUAGAGUAUUUGCGUUUAUCUGCUUGUUCUAGUAUAGGCCAGUAUUCUCUUCCUCUAAUUUAUGUUGAUAACUCAUUGACAUUUCCUUUAAAGGAUAGGUCAAUUUAUGUGAAUACCUUCACACAUAUUUUUUGUUUGUUUGUUUGUUUUUAUAAAAUCUUUGUUUUGCAGAUAUAGUUAAUUAGGAUCAUUAAAGGAAUGUUCGGGGUUCAAUACAAACUGACAUAGUCUGUUGCAUCGAUUACCGCUGAAUUGUGUUUAUAAUAAAGGACUAACAAUGGAAAAUUACAGUAACCAAUUUUUGAGAUAUGAGACAAAAUGAUUUAGUCGUAAUCAAUAUUUCACCACAAAUGUUGACAGUUGAACUUUUAUUGAGCCUGGAAUAUUCCUUUAAUUUUAUUAUCCCUAUAAGGAAAUAUAAAGUGUUAUCCUAGCUCAUUUUAGGCCUUUUAAGGUGUAACAAUUGCACCCUAAUUUGGAAAUGUGAAGCAUCCUAAGUUAUUUAUUUAUUUGUAAAGCUGAUGCAUGGUGCUACUGUAACACAGCUAUGGUUUGAGCUCACCUUUAAAAUACAGUACAGAAUUGUUACAAAUUACAUUUCAAAAAGGGAAAAAUUGAAAUAUUUUGGAUAAAAUAUAUUUGCCUUGGAUAUGUUUCAGGGAUAUUUAAUUGAACAUUACUGUUUUUCACUGUUUGAUGUGCUCACUGUGUUUGUUUUUACAUUGUUUUUCAUUAAGACAUUUUGAAAGUGUGUUUACUACAGAGUAAUAUUUAUGUACACGCUUGUUUAUUACGAUUAUUGUGUACACAGUAGCUGGGUAAUGUGUCCUAACAGGACUCCUGUCAAUAUUUGCAAUAAUUUCAAAGCAAACUCAGCCAUCCAGUUAUGAUGAUGAGAUGAUGUGUGUUUCCUGUAUCUGGAUUGUAUACUGUUUAUGGUGAAUAGCAUUUACUUAUUAAAUUAAUUUCACUAUGAGCAUUUAUCAACAUCAGUGUAAAAUCAAGUAGAAAAUAUAAGUGUCAUAAAGAUAACUGCAGGAAAUUAGAAAAUAUACCAAAUAUAAUGUAAACUAUG